GUUUCGAUUGUAAUACGCGGCACAACCAAUUUGUGUGAUACCGAAAUAAACAUAAAUUAUAUUUUUAAACAUUUAAAAACAGUGCUACGUUAAAGUGUUUACUUUACAUUACUUGUUGAUUUCUAUCAAAUAAGACAAUCAAAAAGCAUUUAAGUAUGUCUACUCCAGUAGGACCUGAACCAUGCAAUGUCGUUUGCCCAAGCUGCAGACAACAAGUAACCACAAAAGUUUCACACAAAGCUUCAACCAAAACGCACAUAAUUGCGCUAAUUUUGUGUCUGUUUGUAUGUUGGCCAUGUGCAUGCUGUCUUUACUGUACUAAAUGUGCUCGCAACGCUGAGCAUCACUGCCCUUCGUGCAAUGCGUUCCUGGGAGUCUACGAACGUUGAUCAUUUACUAAUUUAGCACUAAAACAGCGGCAUUGACACUAAAGUUCAAAUGUGCAUUUUUUACAAUUGAAACAAAUUUUGAAAAACAAUUAAGAAUUUAAAUGAACGAAAUGAGGAAAUUACACUGCUACAAAUGCUGUUAAUUUAAUUGCAACAUUCUUACAAAGCUGCUUAAAAUAAAUACUUAAAUAUAUAGUGUUUUAUUGAUAUAUGUACAUUAUAAUAUAUAUUUUAUAUAUGAUUUUAAUCGAAAAUAUUUCAUGGCUACAUGCAGAAGUGCAGUCAGUAGAAAUGAAACACUUUUUUAUACGUAUUACACAUUAUUUAGUAAAAAUUCAAUAUUUAAUUUGAUACAUACUACGU